GCCCCUCCCACCUGUCCCAGAAGCGACGGUUGCAGGGGGGAAGCGGUUGAAAACAGCCUACCAACAGCAGAGAGCUUCCGCUGAGUGGGCGUUUUUUUCCUCUGCCAGACACAAAGAUGGCGGACCGGCUGACGCAGCUGCAAGAUGCGCUGAAUUCGCUUGCAGACCAGUUUUGCAACGCCAUUGGCGUCCUGCAGCAGUGCGCGCCUCCCGCCUCGUUUAACAACAUCCAGACCACGUUAAAUAAAGAGCAGCCGAGCAACCCCACGGAAGAAUACGCGCAGCUGUUCGCGACGCUCAUUGCAAGAACCGCAAAGGAUAUAGAUGUCCUGAUUGACUCAUUGCCCAGCGAGGAGUCCACGGCAGCGCUACAGGCUGCCAGUUUGUACCAGCUGGAGCAGGAGAACCACGGUGCGGCUGCCAGCCUGGAUCAGGUGGUCUACCGAGGGGACAUGCUGCUGGAGAAGAUCCAGACGGCGCUGGCGGACAUUGCCCAGUCGCAGUUGAAGACUCGUAGUGGAGCCCCUACCCAGGCAGUUCCGGAGUCUUAGCAGCAGGGGGCAGCCUCGCUCCUCAGGACUGAACAUUACGGCCGCAGCGAGAAUGCGCUCAGCCGGGGGCCGCAGCAUCCGCUUCUCGCCCGGUGAACGCCAUUCAUUCGCAUUCUCCCCGGCCGCAGGGAAAUGCUUCAUAAAGUAGGGGAAUAAAAGCUCCCUCCGGCGUCCCUUCUGGAUGUUUUAGUGAAUGGCCGCCUGGCCGCGCUCAGGAACCAGUCUGUGGAGUUUCACACGGGAACUUUUCACGUCUUUAGUAUUUUGUUGUUUUUGGGGGUGCCGGGACCCGGGGUCUCCUAUAAGGAAUGUUCUUUCGGAUCACACGGGCUUGAGGAGUCUGCGGCUGUUUCGGGUGGUCGGUUUAUUAAAUAAAGUGUUUACAGAAUGGG